GUGUGUUUCCAGUGUGCAGGGUUCAUGAUGACGAUGAAGGGACUUCCCAGCAGCUACAACAAGGACCUGCAGGAAGACAAAGAAGCCAUGUUUGACUGCUACGACACCGUCAAUGCCGUGCUGCAGGUGACGUCAGGAGUCGUGUCAACUCUGCAGGUUAAUCAGAGUGUGAUGGAAGCGGCCCUCAGUCCAGACAUGUUGGCCACAGAUCUGGCCUACUAUCUCGUCAGGAAGGGGGUGAGUGCUGCUGGAAUCUGUGAU